UCCUGCAUUUAUCCGAUCCUGGGUCAUAAACUGUGCGGAUGGAAUUUUGUUGCUAUGGACAAGGAAGAGGCUGCCGUGAAUUGCGCUCGAAGAAACGUCGAGGUAAACAACAUGCAGGACUACAUACGGGUAGUGAAGGUGAACGACGAGUGCUCAUUUUAUGACGUUGUGUCGUCCAGCUCGAUUCCUUGCUUUCAUUUCCUGAUGUGCAACCCGCCGUUUUACUCUUCCGCUACCGAGUCGAUGUCAAUCAGUCGUGAACGACGCCCCAAGCCGCAUUCAGCGACCACCGCGAAGCCAGUGGAAGUGUAUGCUGAAGGCGGCGAGAUCGUUUUCAUUGGAAAGAUUAUCGAAGACAGCUUCAAACUUCAAAAGAAAGUCAGAAUUUAUACAUCGAUGAUCGGUAAGAAGACCAGUUUGGGGCCGAUAAAAAAUAAGCUAAAGGAAUUGCACGUAAUUGUGACAGUUUUUUCUCUCUCCGUUGUCAGACGCUGGUUGAUGACCGGAUUUCAUUGCAGGUUUCUCAGAUGUGCGAGACGACGUUUUGUCAAGGAAAGACGCAGCGGUGGGCGGUCGCGUGGUCAUUCGAUCCAAGCGUUUCACUAA